AUGGGAGAGGUAGUUCCUUUGAUUUUUGAUAAAAAAACAAAUGAUAUAAUCACAUGCGGCGCAAUCCAUGAGGCCACAAAGAAAUGGGCUAUCGGAACUGUUGGUACUACAAUAUUUGUUUAUACAAAAGGCGACGAUAUUCCAAAACAAAUAUCAAUUUGCAAAGAUUCGGUUAGAUCACUCCAAUUUAACAUUACAGGACAAGACUUACUCAUUGCUGAUAAAGCAGGAAACUUCUUUGUUUAUAACAUAGAAGAUCAAUCUGCCAAAUAUACCAAGAUUAAAGCUCAUAACUCACCAAUUGAAGUUGCAAAGUACAUUACAGAUACAAUUAUUGCUACUGGUGAUUCUGAAGGCCACCUAAAAAUUUGGAAUAUUGAAGAAGACAAAUGCACUCAAAAAUUCCAUGAUGAAAAAGAAUAUAUUUCAGAUAUUGCAGUUGUUGAUGAUAAAACCAUUGGUGUUACAAGCGGUAAUGGCGUUUUAUCUCUUUAUACAAUUAAUAGACCUAAAAGACGUCAAUACUAUGCACAGGAAGAUGAUGACUUCGUAUCUGUUACAUAUGAUCCAUUUUGUAGGUACUUUAUAUGUGCAUCUUCUCGACCAAAGAUUUAUGUCUCCAAACAUCCAUCUCUUGACUUUGUUUGCGAAGCUUCGAUGAAAAGUACACGUCCAUUUGUCGGUGUUUCUGUUCUGAAGACUAAUAAAUGCAGAGCUGUCGUUGCUGCAGAAAAUGGAACAGUUUACAUCCAAGAUUUGCAUCCAAACCAUCUUAUCUAUGCAUGGCAAGCUCAUAAGAAAGAUAUUCAUGGCAUGGAUCUCUCUGGUGGGCUUUUAUUAACAUGGAGUAGCACAAAUGAGGUAAAAGUCUGGGAUAUUACUGAAAAAAGAGACGAAGAAUUCCUUUCCGACCACAAGAAAAAGAAACUGAAGAAACAAGGAAAGUUACCAGUCAUUGCUAAGAAGAAAGAUACUUUCUUUGAUGAAUUAGGAGAUGGCGAGUCAGAUUAA